GCUGCUGUGGAAAAGUUGCAUAUUUAAUGUGUCUCUUUCUGGCACUCACAAACUACAUGUUCCAGUAAAGAGGACCCACACGGCGGAGUUGACAAGCGUGCGGUGGUGAAAACAGCAGCACAUGCUCGUGACUCCGCCUCCGGUGACUGAACCAACGACGCGUCAGAGGGGCAUCCGGAAGUCCCGCCCCAUGCGCAUGAUUCAGGCAAACAUGGCAGCUUCCAGGAACAACAACUUGAACAUCUCGGCGUCUUUCGCCGGCGUUAUGAAUGAGAAACACUGCCCCGAGCACCUGCAGGUUUUGAAAACAUUCACGACCGAGCUCCGGGAUAAGGAGUACAGGGAUGCUGUGGAGGAGGAGGUGUUCUCCGGUCUUUUAAAGGUGUUGUCUCAGCUGCGCGACGAGCUGCAGGCUGUCAGCGGUGAGGAUCAGGACCUGCAGUCCGUCGCCCUGCAGCUGCAGCUGACCGCCGAGUGCUUCAGGGCUCAGAGGAACGCCUGUGUCCAGAGCACUCGAAACCAGUGUGUGCUCAGGGAGCUUGGUUUCAUCGACGUGUCUCUCAAAGUCCUGAGCCUCCUUCAGACCACAAACAUGGAGGGCAGAGAUGACAUAUUUGAACCUCUCCGUUGUGGGAUCCAGUUCCUCGGUAACUUAGCAGUCGGAAACCAGAUGUGUAAAGAUGACAUUUGGCAGCUGAGUUUCCCAAAUCUUCUCCUGCAGCUGCUCAGUGUUGAUGAUGUGAAGACCAUAAACUACACCUCAAUGGUACUCCACACAUGUCUGGAUGAAACGAAGGUGGAGGAACUGUCUGAGCCGCAGAACAUCGAGCUGGCACUCAGGGUGAUGGAGCUCUGCAGGACCCAACCUGACCUAGACUGGACGGUUCUCAUUGCUACCCAGCAUUUCCUCAAGUCCUCAGCUCUGGUGGAGAGCAUGUACUCUGGAAUGUCUCACCAUGAAAGAGUUACUCUAUUAGAGCUGCUCUUUGCCCAGCUCAGAGAGGAGGACUCAGAUGAGUGUGGCGUCCCUCCCAGUGUGGCUCGCUUCCUGGCUAGUUCUUUCCAGAAAGGCUGUGGAGCUGUGCUGACACUGGCCACUGGCUCCGCUUCCAGUGAUGAGGUCCUGCAGGAGGCACUGACAGUGAUAAGUCUUCUGGAUGUGCUGUGUGAGAUGACCUCAGACCUCAGGCAGUUUAUGUUCCUACAGGACCAUCCUGACCUUCUUAUGACCACUGUCGAGCUCCUGGAGCAGGUGCACGCUAUAGGAAAGGCCAGUAAGAAUAUUUUCAGUGCUGCACAAAACUUCUCCUUCAGUGGAGACGGAGAUGCUUCUCCUGUCAUCAGCUUCAAGGCCCACCUCAUCAGGCUGAUAGGAAACCUCUGUCACAGCAAUACCAACAACCAGAACAAGGUGAGGGAACUGGAAGGCAUCCCACUCAUCUUGGACAACUGCAACAUAGACAGCAACAACCCGUUUAUUAGCCAGUGGGCCAUCUUUGCCAUCAGGAACCUCCUUGAACACAACACGCAGAACCAGGAGCUGGUCGCUGCCCUGGAACGCCGUGGCACCACCGACUACUCUGCGCUCAAGGAGUUGGGUUUCUUGGUGGAGGAGCGAGACGGAAGCCUGCUGCUCAAAUCUGUGAGGAAAGACUCUUGAAAAUCGUAGAGGAGCAGCCAGGAGAGAGAAGGUCUUAAACCCCCCCACACACCCCGCAAGCAGGUUUCUAUGUGCAGUAUUAAUUUAGCAAGGAAUAAGGUACAUGCACACACGUAUACGCUUAAGUGAACAUGUACUCUUGUUGUGCUACAAGCCUCAUUAAUGUUAAUACUUAAACUUCAUCUGACCUGUACACUAAUAUACAUAUGUGUUGUGCCUGUCCAGAAUAAUUGACAGCCACACUGCUGAUAGAUUAAAUAGAAAAGCCCUUUUCAAUUAGAUAUUUCUAUCAGAGAAGUAUGUAUAAUUACUGCUCUACCUCAGUAAUGAUUGCACUCACUCUCAGAUGGGGCUUAAGGUAUUCUCGAUACACAAAAAGGCCCAUGGGGUCCCCCCUGGCAUAUAAGCGGGAGCUCUUGUUUUGUCUUGACCCGGGUCUGGGAAAUGAAGAGUUUGGGAGAGGCGGGCGCAUGCUGGUACCUCUUGGCAAGGCCGAUGCUUUGUGGUUUAAUCCAAAGACAAAGAGCACCACAGUGUCUGGGCUUUUCACUUUUCACAGAUACUGAUGUUAGCAGCAGGGGUUGGGGGGUUUAAUCCCAGGCCCAUAGUGACUUCUGCAGUAACCACGAUACAGAGAAUGACCAAAACAUGAUGUAAUCAACCCCUCACCGCCUUACCUUCUUAAACGGUGGUGUCUUUGCCAGAAGGACAAAGGCUUUUCAUUUACCCUCUUUCAAACGCUUCAAAAAAAAGUUUAUCUAAACAGGUAUAACAUUAUUAAUUUAUUCUAAGGACAGCUAAGUGAAAAAGGGCAAUACUAAAACUAACAAUAACAGAAGCUAUGCAUGUUUUGUGAUUUAAAAACAAUGCUCAGUAUACAGUACGAGCUACAUCUCUGCUUGCUUUUACAAUACUUCUUGCCAUAAUGAGUUUUACACUCAUAACGUAUGUAUAGUUAAUGUCAUCUUAUUCUCCCUCAUCUUAUACUUAAUCUUCUGUUUCUAUCCUGUUGCACAGUACUAUAGAUGAAUAAGGCACGAGUGCUAACGGCAUGCAUCGUAGAUCAUUAACCACCCUUAAACUGGCAACAUUGAGUUGCUGUUUUACACCUUAAGCCGCUUCUCUCCACUCCAAACAAGCUCUAUUUCAGUUUUACUAGAUUUUCUUAGAGAUUUAGUGAAUACUUUGAUUUUCUGUUUAGCUAUAGAUAUGUGUUUGUGUGUGUGAUUCUGGCUCAGUGGACGAUGGUCAAGCUCGUACCGAAAGUGUACAUCCGAAGAGUAAGUGAGUGAGCGAAUGAGUGAGUGAAUCAGACCAGAAGCAUUAGUUUGCAGAAUGACAUCCCUCCCAUGCUCCUCCUGUUGCUGGAUAAGCUGAAUGGUCCUGACACCUCAACAAUGCAGCGCUUUACGGGCCUGCCCACACCCUGCUCCACCCUGUUUGCUCUGCCUCUGAUUUUUAAUGACAAAAUGUAUUGAAACAAUCGGCUGGACUCUCCCCUCAAUCCGCCGGCAUAGUGAAGGGAGCUUAUGCGGUUCCGGUCCCCAGGAUUUCAGACAGCUAACAAAACAGCUGUUACUUGCGCUCGACUGGCUGGCUGCAAUGCUUUUCAGCCCCACAGGAAAGGCUGUGCGAGUCAGCCGGGCUGAAUUAGGUGGCAUGGCCACGGCCGUCUGUUCACCUCCUAACACAUUAGUACCACAUCAGUCAAGGCCAGAAGUUUUUUUGUUUCCCAUAUCAGCAUUUUAUACCACAGGCCACUACUAUAUUGUAUUUGUGCCUUCUGGUUUGAUAUUGGCCUUCAGCAAAAAAAAAAAAA